AUGGACUCUGACAAUCUGUCGAAACAGGUAGAAGAGAUUGAGGCUCUAAGGUCAAUUUAUGGUGAAGAUUGGGUAAUUGACAAUGAAUCUUCCAGAUCAUAUAGCAUUAAAGUAAAGGAUCAUAAAAAUGAAGUUAUUUUAUACAUUACCAUGCCUGAUGACUAUCCAAGUAUGAGUCCACCAAAGUACGAAUUAUCAGCACCUUGGAUGGAUAGAAAAGCUAAAGAAAAUUUGCACUAUUCUUUAGAUGAAAUAUAUCUAGAAAAUUUAGGUGAAACAGUUAUAUUUCAAUGGGUUGAAAAAAUAAGAGAGGUUCUACAAAAAAUAAAGCCAGUUGAGCCAGAUAAAAAGGCAGCUAAAGAUCUACAUGAGAAACAAGCUUUAUCUCAGUUAGAAAUUAUAAAUAACUGUCCAGAGAUAACACAUGGGGAAGUAAUUCUUGACAGAAAAAGCUCAUUUCAAGGCCAUGCAGCUGAAGUGCACAGCGUUGAUGACGUCAAUGCAGUCCUAAUGACACUUAAGCAAAAUAAGAAAAUAUUAAAUGCGACACACAACAUGUAUGCAUACAGAAUAGAGAGGAAGACGGAGAAAGGUACAACAAUGUUGCAGGAUUGUGAUGAUGAUGGAGAGACUCAUGCUGGUGGGCGGAUGCUGCAUUUGCUUCAGAUACUGGACCAGAAAAGUACAUUGGUUGUAGUUUCUAGAUGGUAUGGUGGCAUACAAUUAGGUCCAGAUAGAUUCCGUCACAUCAACAAUGCGACGCGACAAGUGAUACAACAAGCUGGUCUUCUAAAGAAA